CUGCUGGUAUGUUAUACUGCCCGUGUUGCUCCAUCUGCCGUAUGGUAUCCUAACGUUCCUGAUGCAGGCCAUCUGAUAUACAAAUGCGGUGGUGUCAGCGGGGAUACCAUCCAGGCGUACGAGCAAGAAGCCGCUGGUAUGGGCAAGGCCUCGUUCAAGUACGCAUGGGUCCUUGAUAAAUCGAGGGCUGAACGUGAGCGUGGAAUUACUAUCGACCUUUCUCUCUGCAAAUUCGAGACCCCUAAAUUCAUGGUCAAUAUCAUUGACGCCCCUGGUCAUCGUGACUAUAUUAAGAAUACGAUUACCGGUGCCUCGCAGGCCGACUGCGCGAUCCUCGUCAUGUCUGCUGACACUGGUGAGUUUGAGACCGGUGUGGAAAACGGUGGCCAAACUCGCGAACACCUUCUACAAGCAUUUACCCUAGGGGUCCGCAACCUUAUUGUGGCCGUGAAUAAGAUGGAUGCUACUAGAUGGAACGAGGAUCGCUUUAAUGAGAUUAUCAAGGAGACCUCCUUUUUCGCGAAAAAGGUCGGUUAUAAUCCCAAAACUAUUGCCUUUGUCCCUAUCUCCGGCUUCCAUGGUGAUAAUAUGCUGGAGGAGUCCCCUAAUAUGUCAUGGUAUAAAGGCUGGACAAAAGAGCAAAGGGCCGGCGUUAUAAAGGGUAAAACCUUGCUUGAUGCCAUCGACGCAGUUGAACCCGUGCCCUUCUACACUGUCACUGAUAAGCCAUUACGUCUACCCAUCCGGAAGGUUGAAGAGACAGAGACCGGUACUGUGCUGGUAGGCCGUAUAGAGACUGGGACUAUGCAUCCUGGCAUGGUGCUUACGAUCGCCCCGACCGAUAUUGUCGCUAACGUGGAAUAUAUUGAGAUGGAUGGUGGGGAGGUCAAUACAGGUAUUGCAGGUGAACAUGUUAGUGUUCAUGUCACAAUCACAAAUGGUGAGGGGAAUAUCCGGCCCGGCUAUGUCGCUGGCGAUAUCCAGAAUGACCCCCCGGAGAGUGUUGCCUCCUUCAAUGCCCAACUGGCCAUUCUCAACCACCCUGGCGAGAUCAGUGCUGGCUAUACCGCGAUGGUGGACUGCCUCACUGCCCAUGUCCCCUGUAGGAUCUCGAGUAUCCUGCACAAGAUGGACCGCCGUACCGGCAGGCCGACCGAACAAUCGCCCCAUUCUAUCAGGGCGGGUGAGAUGGCUGUUGUCGAGCUGGUUCCCACCAAGCGCAUGUGUGUUGAGCCCCACAGCAAGAACCCCUUUCUCGGACGCUUUAUCGUCCGUGACGAGAGCAGCACAGUCGGAGUUGGGACCAUCACCGACGUCAAGUUUGGUACUGUCGACGACGCCGAUGAGGACGACGAUGACGAAUACUAGUUGUAUUAUUCGAAUUAGGCUGGCGGCGCCGGC